UGUUUAUGACUUAUAUUACGUAGCAGUUGGCCGCUACGUGCCCGAUUACAUCCGUAUUCGCGUCUUAGGCGGGGUAUAAGUAAGAAAGCACACGUCUGUUUUGCUAGAAAAAUCUCAACUGUUGUUGUCUGACGGUGUAGGUUACGUGAAAGGGAACAGAAAGAAAAGUAAAACACCUGCAUCAUGAAGACUGCAGUUCUUCUGCUGUCCACGUUGUUGGGUCUAUUAGCAACAAUUAGCAGUGCUCAAGGUUCUUUUCCAGGUAAAAAGAUUGGAGCAGCGAUAGGAAUGCGACCCCCGCGGAUCCAGUGUAUGAUGUACUGUCCCCAUGGUUUUGAUUUGACUAAAUCCUGUAAGUGUCUGCCGCCUCCCAUCAGUCCAUGCGCGGCUAUGCUCUGUGGGCCAGGGAUGAAAUGUGUUCCAAGAGGUAACCGUGGAGUUUGUGUGCCCCGCAUAAAUGUCGGGGGAAAAGUGUGUUGGCUGCCUAAGGUAACUGGACCUUGUCGUGCCGCGUUCAGACGCUAUUUCUACAAUUCGAGAGCCGGAAGGUGCCAGCAGUUUAUAUAUGGCGGGUGUAAAGGGAACAGGAAUAACUUUAUAUCAUUCGCGGCCUGCGAGAAUCAGUGCCCUGGAAGAAGACGAAUUUUUUAUGAGCAUAAGGAUUAAAUAUUCUGUUGGAAUAACUAAGCGAGGACACUCGUUUAGAUCACGGAUGAAAGCAAAUUAACAUAUAAUAGUUGUAACAUUAACUGAUGUGUCACGGAUGAAAGAAUUUUACAUUUAAUAGUUGUAACAUUAAUGGUUGUCACACGGAUGAAAGCAAAUUAACAUAUAAUGGUUGUAACAUUAAUUGAUUUGUUACGGAUGAAAGCAAAUUAAUAUAUAAUUGUUGUAAGAUUAAUUGAUUUGUCAAGGAUGAAAGCAAAUUAAUAUAUAAUAGUUGUAACAUUAAUGGAUUUAUCACGGAUGAAAACUAAUUAAUAUAUAUAUGCAGCAUUAAUGGAGGUGUUACUCAUAUACCAGACUAUAAAUACAUCUGUUAUUUGUU